CUACAUGACCCAUGUUUUUUCUUCCCUCACAAUGUCAAAUGUUCCCUAUAUAUUACAACAUUUAACCACCAAUAUAGAAAAUGUACAUACCCCUUAAAAGUCUUCUUCCUUCUCAAUCUCUUCUUCCUCAACACCAACAUGAUAUAUUUAUUCCUCUAUUAUAAACAUCAAUAAUUUAUAUUAAUUAUUAUUUCAAACCACUUUUUCUUACCAUGCCUGCAAAACUAGUAGAAGUUAUGUGGCCUGCAUUAGUUGCAAAUAAGAUACUCCAUAAGAGACUUGGAAGCAGAAAUUUUGUAGCAGAUUAUCAAAGUUAUACAGAUCCUUUAUUAGGUAUCACAAGUGAUGAUCAGUUAUCUAUAAACACCAAUUCCAUUCUUAGUGAUCAUCGUGAUACCGAAAAGUACAAGGUUUUUGUAAGUACAUGGAACAUAGGUGGAAUUGCACCAGAUGAAGGGUUGAAUAUUGAGGAUUUGUUGGAGACAUGCAGCAAGUCAUUUGAUAUCUAUGUAUUCGGGUUUCAAGAAAUUGUGCCACUAAAAGCAUCAAAUGUAUUGGGAUCAGAAGAUAACAAGAUAUCAAAAAAAUGGAAUUCUUUAAUUAGAGAAGCUUUGAAUAAGAGGACACAUCACUACUGUUGCAAAGAUGAUGAUGGUGAUGGUGAUAAUAUAAAGCAAGAUUUGAAAGGAAAUAUUCCAGGUCAGCAGUGUAAAUCAGCCCCACAAGAUUUUCAUUGUAUCAUUAGCAAGCAAAUGGUUGGUAUAAUGAUAUCUGUUUGGGUUAGAAGUGACCUUAGUCCAUUCAUAAGACAUCCAUGUGUCUCUUGUGUUGGAUGUGGCAUCAUGGGCUGCUUAGGCAACAAGGGUUCAGUAUCUGUGAGAUUUCUGUUACAUGAAACAAGCUUCUGCUUUGUAUGCAGUCAUCUAGCUUCUGGUGGAAAGGAAGGAGAUGAGAAGCACAGAAAUUCCAACGUUGCUGAAAUAUUUUCUAGGACAAGUUUUCCUAGAGGCACUCUUUUGGAUUUACCAAGAAAGAUUCUUGAUCAUGAUCAUGUAAUAUUGCUUGGAGAUUUGAAUUAUAGAAUUUCUAUGCCGGAAGAAACUACACGUUUACUGGUUGAAAAAAGAGACUGGGAUUCCCUAUUAGAAAAUGAUCAGCUAAAGAUGGAGCUAGUGAGUGGACAAAUUUUAAGAGGUUGGCAUGAAGGAACAAUCAAAUUUGCUCCAACCUACAAGUAUUUUCCAAAUUCAGAUUUGUACUAUGGAUGUUGUUAUCAUGGAAAUAAAAAAGCAGCAAAGAAAAGAUCACCAGCAUGGUGUGACAGAGUUAUAUGGUUUGGCAAUGGUUUAAAGCAAAUUGAGUAUUCAAGAAGUGAAUCAAAGUUAUCAGAUCAUAGGCCUGUAAAGGCUUUGUUUACAGCUGAAGUAAAGGUUUCAUCAGCAUUUAAAAACUUGUCAAGUUUGUUUAUGUCAGAAAGAUUUGAACAAAUUAAAAAUGUGUUUCAAGUUUCUCCAAGUCAUGAGUUUGUAUGUAAAAAACAAUCAAGUUUCCGCUUGUAAAUAUUAUAGGUUUUAUAUAUCAUACUAGACUUGUUUUGUUUUGUAUUUGAAAAAUCUAUAUAGAAAUAAUUAAAAGAGAAAAAUUGAAAGAAAAAAAAUUGAAACAUUUAUUUUAUGAAUAUAUCUCAAAUUUAGGUUAGAAUUUGUUAUGUGUCGGUCGCAGGUCCAAAGUAAAAUAGGCUCAAUUACCAUCCAUCAUAUUUAAGCUACCACAGGUGUAAUUUAAGGUAUUUUGAUCAUAAUUCACUCUAUCUCUUUUAAUCACUUAUAAUCUUGCAGAUUCACUCCCGUACAACCGCACCUAAGAUCUGCUCAAUCGUAUCAAGAAUCUACAUCAACAAUUCUAAUUCUAGGCCGAACAUAACUUCAAUUUCCUAAAUCGGCAUAUUUUAAACAUAUCCAUAAUUUUGUGACACAACAAACAUAAAGAUGUUUAGGCACCCUACAAUACAUGUUUUAAA